AUGCCACCCGACAAAAAACCAUCGUACCACACUACCAACCGUAAAUUUGCCAAUGAAAAUCGUACACUAAUGAAUCGUCAAAAAGCCACUCGACAAAUAACCACCCGCCAUAAAGCCACAUGUAAACGACAAAAAGCCAUUCGACAAAACACCAUCAUCAUAAUUCGACAAGAAGCCACUCGACAAAAAACCAUCAUACCACACUACCAACCGUAUAAAUACGGUAACAUUAUCGUAUUAAUACGAUAA